AUGAAUGUAGCUUGUGGGUUUUUGAUCAUAUCCUGUCCUGGAUUUUUUUUCCUCUCUCUCUCUCUCGUUUUAAACGCCCAGUGCUGACGGCGUGCCUGUGCACUCCAGCGAGUGAAUAGAAGCCACAACUGUAUAAACUGCAGUGCAGAACGGAGAGCGCGCACGCCUCUACCUUUCAUUUUAAAUCCGGGCAGGCGUGGAGAGCUGAACCACAAUGGCUGACCGCUUUGACUGCUUCUAUUGCCGUGAUGACCUGCACGGGAAGAAGUACAUUAAGAAGGAUGAGAAGCCUGUGUGCGUGCGCUGCUUCGACAAGUUCUGCGCCAACACCUGCACCGAGUGCCGCCGCCCUAUUGGCACUGACUCCAAGGAGCUGCACCACAAGGGUCGCUACUGGCAUUCGGACUGUUUCCGCUGCGCCAAGUGUUACAAGCCCCUGGCGAAUGAGCCCUUCAGCACCAAGGACGACAAGAUCAUGUGUGGGAAGUGCAGCUCCCGGGAGGAUGCGCCGCGCUGCCACGGCUGCUACAAACCUGUCCUGCCAGGUUCUGAGAACGUGGAGUACAAGAACAACGUGUGGCAUGAAGACUGCUUCACCUGCUACCAGUGCAAGCUGCCCAUCCGUUCCCAGAGCUUCCUGACCAAGGGCGAGGACAUUUACUGCGCCCCCUGCCACCAGAAGAAGUUUGGAAAGCACUGUGUCCACUGCAAACAGGCCAUCACCUCAGGAGGGGUGAACUACCAGGACCAGCCCUGGCACUCGGACUGCUUCGUGUGCUACUCCUGCCGAAAGCCCCUGGCGGGCACGAGCUUCACCUCCCACGAGGACCGUGUCUACUGCGUGGACUGCUACAAGAGCACUGUGGCGAAGAAGUGCUCUGGCUGCCAGAACCCCAUCACAGGGUUCGGCAAGGGCACCAACGUGGUGAACUAUGAGGGCAAGUCCUGGCAUGAGUACUGCUUCAACUGCAAAAAGUGCUCUCUUUGCCUGGCCAACAAGCCCUUUGUGGUCAAUAAGGAAGACAUCUACUGCCCUGACUGUGCCAAGAAGCUGUGAGCCGCAGCCAGGAUACGGACGAAACCACACAAGGAAUUCAUCUCUGUGCUUUAAGGCUUUCGAAACAACAGCUAUGCAAGAAUAAGACAGCUUGCUCUUAGGGGAAUUGGGAUUUCAGUACUCCAGUGGAAAAGUAUUGUCAACAUAGUGUGGGUUAGCUGUGGGUCAAGAAGAGAAUUAGGGCUCACCAUACAAGCAGUUUGAGGAUGAUCCACAGGUCUUGGGACUGCAAGUUGAGAGAUCUUUGAGAACAAGUGAAUCUUUCCCACCCUCAUAUUUACCCAUGAUUCUAAGCUGCACUGUCAACAUUGCUUUUUCAGACAUGUUAACACAUAUAUUACUCUUUAAAUCCAUAACAUUUUUAACAUGCACAUUAGGCAACAAUUUGUUUUUGUAUGUAUGCAAUACUUACGCUUCAAAAGAGGGUAUUUUAGCAGUUGAAUUUGGAAGCAUUUUUCUUGCAGUAUUUCUGGUUCUUAUGGUCCAGCAUAAAAGUAUAUUCUGUACUGAUGGAAAUGUAAAACAUCUUCGCAACAGUGUAAGGUGAAAGGACUCAUGGGAAAAAAUGACUGACUGGAAAAAUAAAGGUUUAC